AUUCAUUUUGUUAUUGUUCUAUAGUUUUCGUUAUUGCUAUAUAAGGCAUAUUUUUUUAAGUACAGCAGCUAGCAGCUUCUUUAGGAGAUGGAUACUCUAAAGGGAGUAGGUCAAGAAGUUAGUCGAAAGACAGUCGACCUUUUAACAAAGUUUAAUGUUAAUGCACACUUACAAAUGAAUCUUUAUAACUUAAGGUGGUGGGAAAUUUGCUGCCUUUCCGGUUGUUUCUUAGGUAUCCCUGUUGCUUUUUUGACGCUCGUGUCUUGGCUGCAGAUACCAGAUAAAAGCCCCAACGAAAGAGAUGACGCGAGCAGCGGCAGUGGAAAUGGCAAUGGAAACGGUAACGGUAAUGGCAACGGUAAUGGUGGCAAAACUGUGUCUAUUACGAGUAGUAUUCUCUACUUCGCUUCUCUAAUUUACUCCUUUACCAUGUACCUGUACAUUAUAAGCUGUUCUCAUUUCAUGCUGGACAUGAUAUUGAAAACUAUAGAACCUGACUCGAUACCUUCAAAGGACGAAUGACGCAUACAACGUCGAAAAUAUCUCAUUUGAUGAUGAUCGUUACUCUGACAUGGAAUAGGUGCUCUGAUCCAUAAGCUUUGAGUCACUGUUUUUUUUUUAUAAAUUUUUAACGAUGCAACCUUUUAAUUUAUUGUACAACAAAAAAUAAUAAAAUCUCUAAUUGGAGAAUAA